AUGGAACCUCUCCUCCUCCUCCUCCUCCUCCUCCUCCUCCUCCUCCUCCCGAAUGACGUGCUCGGGAGCCCAUCGAACUCAUGGCAGACUUCGUCAAGCUCCUCAUCAACUAUUAGAUUGCUGUCCAACGCCCCUGGUACCCAUAUAGGCGUGGUCACCUUGACAAGCGUCCGUGGUCCCAUCAUCGGACUGAGCGCUGUGGCGGUCACCGGUCACCGGUCAAGCUUCAAGAAGUCGAACGCCGCGCAUCAUCGAUUCAUCGGUCUGGUAGGCGUACCGCCGUAUUCAUGCUUCAAGUGGACGCUGAUUGAACUACGUUGUGACAGAGUUGCGACCAUUCAAGCCUACUCACGCCCAAGGGGGCGGCGCGAGCGCAGCGCGCGUGUACCUGCUGGUACAGACUCAGAUGGCAAGUGUCGGUUCUGGUAG